GGGGCACGAGGCGGGCCGGUGAAACGCGAUCAUGUGAGAAUCCAUGCGCCGAAAGAAGGUUACAGAGCGCGAAAAAGACAGUGCACUCAAGUCAGCGAAAGAGGUGACAGCAAGACGAUUCAGCGACGUACUUUUAUUGCAAACAGCCCACUCUCACUCAGGGGAAUACUGGUGCAAGAGCUUACUUUAACUUACCGAAACAACAUCAGCAACAUCUUUCUUUCCUAGCCCAUUUGUUUUCGUCGACAAGUGUUAGUAUAAGCUACAUAUGAGUAUUUGUUGUUUUUACAGUUUUCAAAAGCUCCUUUUUGGAGCUAAAAACCCGUUAUCUUAUAUUUUUUUCUCAGUUUUAUUUUCAUAGAGUUGUAUGACUCGAAGAUAAAACAGCAACAUCAUGAGAGCUCAGAUUGAAGUGAUACCCUGUAAGAUCUGUGGAGACAAGUCCUCAGGAAUCCACUAUGGUGUCAUCACCUGUGAAGGCUGCAAGGGCUUCUUCCGACGCAGCCAGCAGAACAACGCCACUUACUCCUGCUCCCGCCAGAGGAACUGUCUGAUCGACCGAACCAACCGUAACCGAUGCCAACACUGCCGGCUGCAGAAGUGUCUGGCUCUGGGCAUGAGCCGCGAUGCCGUCAAGUUCGGCCGCAUGUCCAAGAAGCAGCGCGACAGCCUGUACGCAGAGGUGCAGAAGCACCAGCAGUCCCAGGAGCGGGCCUGCGCCGCUGCCCGCGAGGAGGCGUCCGAGCUGGGCUCCCACAGCCGAGCCUACAGCCGAGGCUCCAGCACCGCCUUCAGCGACCUGGACGACAUCACCACCCUGCCGGAAGGCCUGCUGUUCGACCUGCCCCUGACACCAGAGGGUGCCGGAGGGGAAUACUGCAACCUGAAGAUGCUGGGAGGCAGCGGGGGAAGCAGUUCCUCGUCUCAGAGCUCUCCCGAGCAGAGCGGCCUGGACUUUGGAGAUCGUCACGUCAAACACGAGUACCAGCUGCUGCACGAGUCGGGCAUCUUCGCCCACAACCUGCUCAACCCGCUGCCCGAGUGCUGCUCUCAGAUGGAGAUAGAGCGCAUCACCCAGAGUGUGUUGAAGUCCCAUGUGGAGACCAGCCAGUACAGCGCUGAGGAACUGAAGAGGCUGGCCUGGACGCUGUACUCCCAGGAGGAGACGCGCUCCUUCCAGACCAAGUCUGUGGACGUGAUGUGGCAGCAGUGUGCCCAUCACCUCACCAACGCCAUCCAGUACGUGGUGGAGUUCGCCAAGCGCAUCACCGGCUUCAUGGACCUCUGUCAGAACGACCAGAUCAUCCUGCUCAAAGCAGGCUGCUUGGAUGUCCUCCUCAUCCGCAUGUGUCGUUCCUACAACCCCAUCAACCACACUCUGCUCUUUGAUGGCAAGUUUGCAAGUGCUCAGCUCUUCAAGGCUCUCGGCUGUGACGACCUGGUGGGAGCCGUGUACGACCUGGCCAGGAGCCUGAGCCGCCUGCAGCUCUCUGAGGAGGAGAUGGCUCUGUUCAGUGCUGCCGUGCUGCUGUCACCAGACCGGGCCUGGCUGAGCGACACCCAGCAGGUCCAGAAGCUGCAGGAGAACAUGUACCUGGCUCUGCAGCACAGCCUUCAGAGAGGAGGCUGCUCCGAGGAGAAGCUCACCAAGAUGGUGUCCAAGAUGCCCAUGAUGAAGUCCAUCUGCAACCUGCACAUGGACAAGCUGGAGUUCUUCCGUCUCCUCCACCCAGAGACGGCCUGCAGCUUCCCCCCUCUCUACCGCGAGGUCUUCGGCAGCGAGAUCGCUUUCCCAGACUCCACCGAGGGCUAGUGGUCCCCCAUGGCACCAAGCCAUGAUUCGAUUCACACAGACAGAGAGGUUUACGGAUGAGGGACAGGGAGAGCGAGAGAAGCACAGUGAGAGAGAGAGGGAGCAGGAAGUGGCAAGAGGCAGAUGCAACCAGCAACUCAGUGACAAUCCUGCACGCUACACUUUAGCAGACACUACCACUCACCUCCGCUCUUUCACCUUUUGGCCCUCAGCCUCCCAUCCUGCCCUGCCGAGCAGCUUGAACUGCCUGGAGACACAGUCCCCUAGUUACUGAUUCAUGUCAUGAGGUGCUGGGCUCCAAGUGCACACUACCGAUUAUCUAUUUGGGGAGGAGUUGAGAAAAACCUUGUAAGAAAUGUUCUUGUGGUAAUUUAAAUAGUAAAAAAAAAAACUUUGUACGGACCUAAUCUUGAAGUGAGUUUGACUUCUCGAGUUUUCAAAGGUCCUAAUGUAAGCAAAUAGUGAAUGUAGUUCUCAGUCCUGUCGCCCCCUUAUCCCCUGCAAGGUCUGACACAGAAUGUACCCCCUGUCCUAGCCUCACUCUGGAGGAGUACGAUGGACGAGGCUUGUUUAAACGCUUUGUAAGCGAGGGGUGGUGAAAACCAACUGCAAUUUUUUUUCUUUUUUUAGUUUUGUACUUGUGGUGGUUUGGUAUCCAGGAAGUUAACAGUUGAAAGGGACCAAGAACAAAAAGAGAGAGCAGGGCGAGAGGGAUGAUGUGGCGAACUAAGACCUGAGGCGUCUUACCACCUCACAGGCACAACCUAUUGCAUCACAGGCACAACCUAUUGCAUCACAGGCACAACCUAUUGCAUCACAGGCACAAUCUAUUGCACAGCACUUAGAUGAGGAACCUAUACUGGCCUACUUGUGCAUUUGUACUCGCAGACAUUCAGACACUGAUCUAUUUUUUUUUUUUUUUUGAACAUGAUUUUCUUUUUUGGAGAUGCAAUCAAAGACCUCAACCCUUUGACAUUUUCCCCUUGCAAAUGCCACUUCGAGAAAGAGAGAGCAAAAAGAGGAAAGAAUCACAGAAGUAUUUUGAAAAGUAUUUUUUUCAAAUGUCACUAUAUGUAUACAUAGACUUAUAUUUACUCUUGUAACAAUUAGUUGUUUGGGGGACAGAGAGAGAGAGAAAGAGAGAAAAAGAGAGAGAGAGAAAAUAAGAGAGGGAGAGAAAGAAAAUAGUCUCAGGGUUCUCAAAGACUUCCUGACCACAUGGUUGGGUGAAAAGAAAAAGACAAUCGCUGCACAGUCUGAACCCUGAGGACAAUCAGCACCUAAGACGAAGACCAUGCUGAGGAAGCCCCGCCUCCAAGCCACAAGCCCCGCCUCCGAGCCACAAGCCCCGCCUCCGAGCCACAAAGACUCAGAGGCAGUGACGGGCGUAGAGGCAGGACGAUAACAGCCUCACCCAAGGAAAACCCAUCACUGCCAUCUCCAGAGCCCCACCCCUGGCCCCCACCCCCGUCGACGUCACCAAGGCAACGACCAUCCCUGCUGUGAUGGAGCCUGGCAGAGGCACAGGGGGAAGGAGCCUAGCAACCGAGGCUUGACAACCAACACACUGAGCAGAGACUCUCACUUGUGUGGAGGAAGAGGAUCCUGGAAUGUCUAACUGCAUGGGCCAGCAGUGGGCAGGGAUGCUGGUCAACACUCAAACAUACUUCUUACCUGUGGUGCUCAAUCCUUCUGCUUUCAUAUGAAACCUCAAACGGAUAGACUGAUAGAGGUGUUUGUGUCUGCCGUUCUCCUCACCCUCCAUAGUCGUACUACCUCACUUCCCCCCAGACUUACAGCACGUCUAAGAGGGUAGACAGUCCCUCACCAGCGAGCUCUGACAGCUAUGUGGACGUAGGGACACAGCACCACCACAGCCGCUGCGUUGCUCUUUACCGUGCAGUUUGAAGGACAUAGCUGAAAAAUAUUACAUCUAUUUUAUGCAAAUAUAUUUUUCCAUUCUGUUUGAUAAAACCUCAUAUGGAGAUUUCUGUUUUUACUGAAAUUCUGUUAAGACACUACAUAUUGUACACACAAGCGGGCAGGCAGAUAAAGAUACACAGACAACUAGACAAACAUACUGACAGAGAAACAUGAGAGAUCGAUUUGAAUUUUAUAAAUGAAGCCCUUCAACACUCAUAACACAAAGCUUGACCCUUCUACAGACCAGCUGCCGCGGAUAAAAAUAGAAUCAGUAGAGCUGAAGUUUAUUACAACCUUCUUUACCGCAAAGAGACAAUCACUCACAGGCCUUGGCUAUCCAGUUGUAUUUGAAGUGAUCCCAUGUUUCACUUGUUGCACUGCUGGGCCAGUGUGGGACUCCCUAUUGUAUAUAAGCUUCUGUUGUUUCUGUUUAGGGGGAUACAGGAUUUUAAUGGAUGCUCAAGGUCGAGUCAGAGUGGGACUGUGCAAUAAUGUCGUUCCCGUGUGUAGCUUGAGGGCGACAGCUACACCCUAAACUCAUCCAAGCCAGGUGACCCUGCAUACUCCCCCCACACACACUCUGACAGAUACAAACGCAUAUAUUCUCCCCCUCAGCGCUACACAAAGCCACAACACAACUACACGACAGGAGUCUGGUAUUAACUCGCACGUGUUUGACGACGGUUUGCGAGGCAGUGCAAAAUUGUACACAUGGUGUAAAUGCUUUGUGAAAGUCUUUAGAGCUUAGUAUGUAUUUGUAAAACAAAUAUUACAAAUUUUAAAAAACGUAGGUGAAACUGUGCAGCCUCUGGCCUGUUUUCUGGUGGUGUUCCGGUGGGGGGGCAGUCCUGUAGGGACUAAGCACUUUUACUUUUCCAGUCAGUUUCACUCAGGGAGAUAACUGGUCUCUCUGACCCAGUGUCUUUAGAUAGCCUAGCAGGGACAGAUGCACCCAACAGAAAACCUUAACCCAUCACUGUGUACAGUCUGUUCUUGUGAAUGUUGAGCACAGAAGUAUCCAAUAAUCUACCCCAGUUUGAUAUCAAUGUUAUUAUUGGGCGUUUGAGCAUUACGGAGUUCGUAGAAGAAAUAGCAUCUUUGAAUCUUUGGAUCGUGUGCUGGUUUUGUUGUGAUUUUUUGUCUGUUAAUUUCUAUCCUUUUUCUGUCAUGUUGUUUUUCUCAUCAGUUUAGUGUUCUUCUUUUCGUCUCGAAGAGUUGUAAUUCUAUUUUUUUUAAGAAUGUUUAUAUAAAUGCCUCCCUAAACAGUUUCUCUUUUGUCAUGAUCCCUUUGUCUAUUAUGUUCCCAUUCUAUUUUAAGAUCAUUAUUGAAAUCAAUAUAGAUUUUAAUAAGAUAUAAUUUAUUAUAUGUUAUGAAUAUAAAGACGUUAUUAACACAGUGAACAAUUGUACAUUGGGAAUACAAUGUGUGGAUUAAUGAAUGUAAUAAAGAUCGUUUUACAAUA